AUGAGUUCAUUGAAAAGAAUGUUGGAUUAUGAGAGUGAAAGCGGUUCUGAAAGUGAAGAUGAACCAGCUUUCAAUCAUAAGAAGAGAUAUUUGAAUGAAGACUCUCCAAUUGAGGAUAAAUAUAGUAUAUCGCCGCUUCUUCGAAGCAUAAACAAAAAGAAAUUAGACUUCGAUGCAGAAAGAAUAUGUUCUAUAACUGCAACAAAUGUAAAUGUAUAUUGUUGUUUAGUAUGUGGGAAGUAUUUUAAAGGUCGAAAUGAAGGUAGUCCAGCAUUUUUGCAUUCAAUUGGAGAAAACCAUAAUAUUUUUAUCAAUAUGACUAAUUUAAAGUUAUUUAAUCUGCCAGCGAAUAUACCAUUGGAAGAUGCUGUUACGUUAAAUCUUACAGAACAGAAAAUUAUUGAUGAUAUCAAAUACGCUAUAAAUCCACAGUUCACAUUGGAGAGUAUCAAAGACUUCCCAAUAAUAUGCAAAGAUGUAGAUAAUGAAGAAUACUUAAACGGUUUUGUAGGCAUUAGUUACAAUGCUAAUGCGUCAAAUGACAGCAUUGCAUCAAUUGUAAUGAUGCUGACUCAUAUGGACGAUAUAAGGGAUUAUUUUCUUUUGGAUAAAAAUCUAACAAAUGAUACACCUUUUGAAACUAAAUUACGGCUUUUAAUGAAAAGAAUUUGGUCACCAAAGUUGUUUAAAUCACAUGUUGCCAUGAAUGAAUUACUGUCAUUUAUCUUGAUUGACCCAAGUUUUUCAAAUAGGAAUAUCAACGAUCCAAGACUACUUCUCUUAUCAUUGAUUAAUUCUAAUAUUAAUAUUUCGAAACCAUUGAAAGAUAUUAUUGACACAAAUAUAAGAGGUCAGGUUUUAGUAACAAGUGAGAAAUCGGUUGCAAACUCGAAAGAAAGUAAGAUCAAAAAGACAAUAAUGCCUUUUUCGCUACUGUCACUUGAUUUACCAGAUGUUCCAGUAUUUAAGGAUGGGAUGGAUACUAAUGCCUUACCACAAAUCAAAUUAAGUGAAAUGUUGAUGAAAUUCAAUGGUAUUACAGAACAUAUACAGAGCAAAGAACUGAAGAAGAAAUUUAAAUUGGAAUCUUUACCAAGAUACCUCAUAUUGCAUUUUAAUAGAUUUGAUAGUAAAACAAAUACACCCGUAAAGGAUAGGAAUCAAACGUUAGUAGAGUUUCCAACAUUGAUGGAAUUGAAGAAAACUAAAUAUAGAUUGAUUUCUAACCUUGUACAUGAGGCAUCACAAAGUAUUACUUCAAACUCGAGUUCUCAUAGUCAUUUUUUAACUGUAUCAGAUAAAGAUCAUGUAAGCAAAUGGAAAAUGAUUCUGCUGAAUAGCAAAGAUAAUAUAUGGUAUGAAGUUGAUAGAACUGAUAUUCCAAAAAAAGAGAGAGAACUAUUAUUUUUAAAUGAAAUUUAUAUGCAAGUUUGGGAGAAAUUGGAUUAA